UGCCUGCUUUGUUUUGUUUUGAUGGUCGAGCUGCUGAUCGGAGACCGAGAGGCAAGGGCUCCACCGGAGACCCGCUCACUAAAUGGGGAGAGACAAAUCGGUGAUGGAAGAUGACGCACCGAUAGCUGACGCCUGUAAAAUGCCGAGUUAUAUCAGCACUUUCGAGGAAGGGAGGGCGAAAUUGUCCCGCAACCAGCCGACAGAAACUUCCCUCACGGACGGUAAAGUUGAGCGGUCGGUGCGGGAUUUGAACCGUCGCGUCAGCAGAUCAGACUCACCGGACGGAGGAGAGGAGAGGGAACCGGAGGAGGAGGAGGAGGAUGAUGAGGAGGAGGAGGGCGAGAGGGAUGCGGAGGGAAACAACAACAACAACUGCAACAGCGGCGGUGGAGGAGGAGGAGGAGGAGAGAAGAGGAGGGUGAGCGCUGUCGAGAUUUUGAGGAGGAAUUUCGGGGUCUCCAGAUCUCCCUCUGUGUGUUUGAGUUCAAGUAGUCGGAUGCAGCGCGGCACUGAGGAUGAAAGACACGAAAGAAAUGUUAACAACGGCGUCACUAACCAUGGGACUGAAUGUGACGAGUGUGACCGAGAAGCGCCGGGCGAAGCGGUGACACGAAACGAGCCAACUCCGAGCGAGUCAACGACCUCAGACGCUGAGGGAGUUGAAUUUGUUUCGGUGACAGGUCAGUGCCGUCGUAAAUGUGACAGUGGCAGCUACGCAGUAAGUUUAGACGAGUCUUUUAGUGUCAAAGAGCACGUGUAUUGCACAGUUUACUGCAUUGCUAACGACAGCCGCAGACUAGACGGUGAAAUCUCAGACGGCUACCAUGAAACUGUCACACCUGACGGGCACGGAGGGGAGCUGGAGACCGGGCAGGAUGCGGGGACAAGCCCCGAACAGAUGCUUUACACGUUGGAUGACCUGGUGGAUCCUUUCGGGAUCAUGGCCCACCGGCUGUCCCCGGAGCAGGCAGGUGCAGAGACUGCGAUGCCCAGCUGCCGGGUGUGCCUGGAGUCGAAAACAAUCGCACCCCUGCCCUGCUGCAGGACGGCCGUGUGUGAUGAGUGCUUGAAACUCUACGUCAGCUCCCAGGUGCGAGUGGCCAAGACUUACAUCAGCUGUCCAAUCCCAGAGUGUAGCGGCUCGCUAAAGGAGGGAGUGGUGGUUUCCCAUUUAGCCAGUGAAGACGUGGCGAAAUAUCAUUACUUUUUGGAGCUGAGUCAGCUGGACUCAAGCACCAAACCCUGCCCCCAGUGCAGCGAGUUCACCUCUUUGAGGACGCAAAACCCCAACCGCGCUGAGCAAAAGUACAAGAUACAGUGUAGCAAAUGCCAGUUUGUGUGGUGCUUUAAAUGCCACGCGCCCUGGCACAUUGGACUGAAAUGCCGCGACUACAGAAAAGGAGACAAGCUGCUACGAAGCUGGGCGAGCGUCAUCGAGCACGGACAAAGAAACGCCCAGAAAUGCCCGCAGUGCAGGAUCCACAUUCAGCGCACAGAGGGAUGCGACCACAUGACCUGUACGCAGUGUAACACUAACUUCUGUUAUCGCUGUGGAGAGCGCUACAGACACCUAAGGUUUUUUGGGGACCAUACAUCCAACCUCAGUGUGUUUGGCUGCAAGUACCGCUACCUACCAGAUAAACCACAUCUGAGACGGCUAAUUAGAGGCUCUGUCUGUGCCACUAAGGUGCUGAUUGCUCCGGUGGUCAUUUUGCUGGUCGUGGUGCUUGGAGCCCUGGCACUGGUGAUAGGUUUGGUAGUUUUCCCAGUCUACUAUGUUUGUAAGAGGAGGAAGAAGCAGCGCACCCAGGGCUCCGGGCGAUGGAUCUGAAACCUGUCCUGCGCUUCAUCCAGACCACACACACACACACACACACGGCUCAAAAAGACAACACCCACAUCUCCUCAGGGACGUACACGCCAGCCUGAGUCAUCGCAGAAGUCUGAGACAACCAUCAAAAAAUGAAAACCGGCAAAUUAGUGAAGAGCUUUCAGGUUAAUAAAGCGAGACCUGGACGAUCACACGUCAUCAUGUUGAGAAUAUUUUUAUCUCAUGGGACCACUGCUGCACAAGGAAUGCUUUAUUAGGCCAACUCUUGUCCCAGACACUUUCGUUUGCAGUUUUUCUCUCUUUUGUCAUAUUCGACACGCAUUUCACAACCGUUAUCUUUGAGGGGAAAAAAUCGAAACAUGUAAUAGAUGGAUAUAGCUCGGUUUUAGCUUUAGCUUUUGAUGUUUGACAGUGCUGGAUACUAAAUUAUGAAGGCGCCACAAAAAUUCCUUGACUGCAGGAAAAGUGGGGAAAAGACUGGAGGAUCUCGCUGGUGAAUAAUGCGGGAAAUGUGAGGCUGUUUAUAUCUUCCUUCUGCAAAAGCUUCCAGCAGCCGUUUGCGCUUCAGUGACCAAGGAAAAAAAGUGUGAGAUGGAAACCAAUUUUGGAACAAGCCAUCAUGGAGAGAAGAGUCCUCAUAGAUGCAGCAAGAGCUGGACGUUGAAUUCGUCAUCUUCUUUGCAUAUUGGAAACUCCCAUUGCGAUUUGAGUCUUUGACAAGCACACACCAUAGAAAAUAAUAUCAAAGGAGUAAACGCGGAAGGAGGAUACUUACUAUUUAUACUAUUAUGCUGGAUAACGUUGACUCUGGCUGAUCUGAAGUUCUUGUUAGAAGGUUUUGAAAGUCCCCGACUGGUUUUAGAAACCACAUCCACCUAAUGGAGUUAUAUUGUUAGCAAGCUUUUAUUUUUUUCUGUUGUCUUCCAUCAAGACCUCCUAGCCGUCUAUCACUGUCUAUCUGGCUUUCUUUAUGUCCCUCCUGCCUGCCUGGCUGAGCUAAUGCACACUCACCUCCUCUCUGCUAUGCUCACAUAGUGUAUGCCAGCAUCUGCAUCAACAAAAAAAGAAAAAAAAGCUGCUGUGUGGCAAUUGUGCCAAAACAAAACGCUGAAUGUGACAGGCUAGACAGUAAAUCCUUUCCCCUUUGUUUUUUUUUUCUUUUUUUUGUUGUUAAUUUUUUUUAGGGGUUGCAUUUUACAGAGGUUUGUGUGGUACUGCUGUCAGUGUGUCGUGGAGUUUGCAUAAAGAAAUUGACGUGGAGGCUCUGUAAGAUCGCACAUGUUGUAGGAAUUUGCAUAAGACAUGCAGUCAUUAUAACAGAAAACUAUACCUGUAGAUAGACAGAAGAAAGUAUUUAAGAUUUACUUUUCAGUUGUUUAUUUUUGUUGUGUGGGCAGGUUUGCCAAAGGGCUAAACAGGGUGUUUGAUUUUUUUAAAAUAAGAGUUUUGAGAUCACCAUCAGGCUGCUGUGCACUGAAUAUGUUUUAGAUUCAAUUUGGAUGUUACUUUUUAGGUGAUCACGUUUUCAAGGUGUUUAACAAUUGAUUUGAUACGUUUGGUUUUGCUUCAGAUAUUUGCCUUGAAACAAGGAUGUCUGUCUGCUUGAGAGUUUGGAUGGUGACAUAGUGAUUUCCAAUGAGAAUGCACACACCCUCUUCAGCUCACUCACAUACGCACAUGACAAAGCACACACACGGCACGCUGCCAGGAAACAGGAGAUUUCCAAGAGCUUUAAAGGUCGUCACCUGGCAGCAGCCAGCUUUCUUUCCUUCACUUAUCCCUCUAUCCUCUCCUCCCUGCUGCCACACCUUCAUUUUGUUUAAUUGCUUCUCUUUUUUUUCUCUCUACCGCCCUUUUCCUUGUUCUAUCGUUUUGCUCACAUCUUUUCGCCCUCUGAGGUGUAGCUGGACUUACAUCCUGCUGGCCUCAGCAUUGAGGUGGGGAGGUUAACGAUUUCAGUACAAAAGGCUAAAUCGCCAAAAUGGGUGCACAUCCACUGGAGCUGUGGCUGCUGUUGAGCCACAACAUCCAUUCAGACUGGAUGCUUUUGAGCCUCUUGAUGUGUGGAAAUAACACAGAGCUACCUGCGGUGCACGCUGCAGCCAAAGAUAAGUGGUUUCCACAUCAGUCACAGAUUUUUGUGUGUGUGUGUUUAUCCCACCACUCCAUGCAGCAAUCUGGUUUUUGUUUUCGCUCCCUCAUGAGAGCUGUAUGAAGUACUGAAGGAAAACAAACUAAAAGGCAAGGCUAAGCACAAUAUAUCUGCACAUAGAGAUGUUACAGUAAGAAAAAGCUUCUGUCCUCACAGGCAGUGAAGAUAGAAACAAUGAUUUAAGCACUGGAGACAAUGGCUCUCUUUUAUCUGUUACUGCAGCGGCUUUGUAUCAGUGCAUCUUUAAAUCUGUUUAUCUGUGGAAUAUAUCAUGAGUGUUACAGCACAUUUCUCCACUGAAUCUUCACUAAAACCAGGAUGGAAUGUGUUAAGGGUAAGCAGGUUGUAUGUUCAUGCAUGUUAUACAUUUUGCAGUGCAAUACCAUUAGCUCGGCUUUGUCCCAGGGAUCUGAAACUGUUUUUACAUCUGGGAGAUAAGAAAAAUUCAACUGCGAAAAAUACAGUGAACCUGUAGAUACAAGAUUACUGAAGGUCAUAGAGAAUAUACUGUUACACACUAAAUCAGUAGGUCCGGACUCUCAGGGAGUUUUUCUGUUCACUGCACUCACAGCAGCCCUUUAUCUACAUAAACAGUGCCACAGAAAUUACCGGAUAGCACCGCCGUUUCAAAAUGCUUCCUGAUGCAUUUGCCCAGAGCUGCUUAGCAACCAUAUUUAGUGUCAAAAGAGAUCCAGAUAUCUUAGUGUGUUUCCCAGCCUUUACUGGGAAAUUCUUUGAAUGUUGUGUGGUGGUCAGGGGUCGGAUCUGGGCCUUAAAACAAGAAAGGAGGACAGAAAAAGUUGUGUUGAAUCAGCACUUAGCAUUUAAAUGUGUCAAACAAAACCAUUGAAACAUGUUUGCAACCUGUUGUUUAGUUUUAACAUAUGCAUACAUGUUUUGUCCAUCUGCUCAGCUAGUCCUACACUGACAUGUUGAAUUAUUGAAUUGCUGCAUUUUUUUUUUUUUUUUUUGCUUAAAUGACCUAUGACUGACAAGUAUAAGCUGUUUUUUCAGUGACAUGAACAUAUGUAUGUACUAUUUCCAUGGCAUUUCACCAGAAACAUCCUUCAGUGUACACUGUACCACCGCUGAAACGAGUUGGCCCAUUGAUUAUCUUAUUGACGGAAAAUUGACCACUGACCACUUUUAUACUCAUUUACAUAAUUUGUCAAAAAUCACUCAUGUCCACGACCUAACCCGCUCACUGAGGCGGUCCGUAUAACCUGGCUGGUGCUAAUUAAUUCUGCUUUCUCCAGGGAAUACACUGCUCCUGUAUUAUAGCCACCUCCCCAGCCUCCACUAGCAUUAGUAUUAGGUGUGGCUGCAGGAGAAGUUCUCUGCAGUGGCGUUCAUCAAACAUUGUGUCUCAGGCUCUGCCGAGGGGUUGCGAGCUCAGGGAUGAUCUCAGACAUGAGCAGAGUCACACCACCAAACUGAACAAUGCACGUCAUGUUGAAAUAAAUAUAAAAACUUGGCUCGAGUGUCCUGUCUGAACUAACAUCUGGUCAGACAGUGUAAACAACCUCUUAGGGGCCAAAGGGUUUGCUGUCAGACAGUAAUUGCAAAUAUGAAUUUGUUCUGCCUAGUCAGCUACAAAUAUAAAAAAAAGGUUGUAUUGCAGGAUGUUACUUGUCCUGUUCAGCACCCAUACAUGUCUAAUUUCUUACCCUUUUAUACAUGUACAGGUGUGUUAAAUUCACAAUAUUCUGCCCACUGAUGCAAUGUUAAGAUGCCAUUAGGAGAUGCCCUUAUUUCUUUGUUGUGUUGCUACAUAUUACUGAAUUGAUUGCUCACAUCUUUGUAAACACUAAGCAACCAUUUGGGGAAAGCUUUAACGGGAAACAAAAAGCUGCUUUAUAUUAAUCAAUCCAUGACAUGAGAGCUAUUGUGGCUAAUGAUUUUUCCAUUGCUGGGUUGUAUUGGCUGGCUGAUACCCCUGGCUUUUUUUUGUUUGUUUUGUUGCUGUUACAAUCCCAAUGAUAUUGACAUAAAUAUGCAAUGGUGCCUUUACAGCCACUAUAGCGAAGGUGUUGCCAACCUGUGGUUCAGGACCCCCUGUGUGACUCCAAAGAUUAUAAAUAGUAGUAAAACUCUGUCACAGAGGAUUUGACAAAUGAAUCAGAAGGAUAAACAUGUGUAAGUGUAAUGUAUCAUAAUAAUAGUUAUAAUGUAAAAGUAUAUGAAACCACUAUUGGAUAAAUCAGUGAAUAGUUUACUCUUAACACACAGGGUAAUGUGCAGAGCAAUCAGGCCUUUGAUUAGCAAUGUGUGUUUAUUGCUAAACCAGUUUUAUAGCUAAAUAUUGCACAUUUAUAGUUACUCAAUCCAGGGUUUCAGCUGCAUCCCAAAUACUCUUGUAUUUUUGCACAAGUUAAACCGUCACUUUAUCUUGGCUCAUACCAACCUCACUCUUUGGACACUACAUUAAAAGGUGGAAGCAGUAGCACUGUGACCCCUGCAUCCAACAUUAGACCUGUCAUUUUCAAACCCAUAUAUGGUCAUUUCAGCUCAGUAGGCCUGUGGAUAUUCAUGUUGCAGUAUGUGUUGUGUUGAAAUGUAACAUACUUCCUAGCAAACUUGGCAAAUGUGUUGGAAAAUAGCAUUGUAUUUAUGUCAACGGUAUUUCUACUCAAAGAAAUGUCAUUUGCACCAAGAACACCUCCCACCUGCUGCCACUGUUAAAUGUCUGCUGAUCUUAUUGUUGCUCAUUUAACCAGGCACAAACACUGUUUUCAUCUAAGGAUUUGAUGGAGAAUAAACUGAACUGUCAAAAUG